CUGAGGCUCUGCAACCAUGUUCAGGUCUGCUGAUCUGAAGCUGUGCUGCAUCUUCCUCCUGCUGGUCCUGGGAGUCCUCGCCAACCUCUUCAACCUGGUGGUCAUGUUGGUGCAGCAGUGGAGGUCCGGAGGUGUGAAGACCGUCGCUCUCAUCAUCUGCUUCAUCUCUCUUGGUAACAUCCUGCUGCAGAUCUCCACCUUCGUCCUCUCCGUGUCGGUCUGGGUCGGAGUGCUCUGCUGGUCGGAUUUACCGCUCUUCUUCUGCGUGGUGUUGUUCGUGUGGCUCAGCAGCAGCUCCGUCAGCUUCUGGUGCGUCGCCUGGUUGAGCGUCCUCUACUGCGUGAGAGUUAUGAGCUUCUCCUCGGUUCUCCUCAGAGCCAUGAAGGAGAACAUCUCAUCCAUCCUGAACGUCACCCUCGUGGCGACUCUGCUGACCUCCUACGUGACGUUCACCCCUUUCUUCUACCUCCAUUUCCAAAAUGAAACUCUUCUUACGAACAUGACAGAAGAGUGCGACAUAAAGAAGCCUCUGUUCCCCGCUUGGCUCAACGUCAACAUUUACGUGAUCGUCUUCAUCAGCUACCUCACCCUGAUUCCCCUGAUGAUCAUGCUUCCCACGUCGCUGAGGUUAGUCGUCUACCUGUGUAAGCACACCUCGUCCAUGCAGAAGAACCACCAGAGCGGCUCUCAUGCUGCAGAGUCGUACCUGCUCGUCUGCAGGCUGACGGUAGCUCUGGUUUGGGUCUAUCUCGUCACGCUGCUCACCAUCUCCCUCUACUAUUUCCAUGCCAUCUUCGCCUCCGGGCUCAGCGCUGACAUGCUCUUCCUCGGCUUGUCGUUUUAUUGCGUUGCUUCUGCGAUCCUGCUCACCUGCUCCAAUAAAAACCUGAGAGAGAAGGUCAGAGUGCUGUUCAGCUGGGGGAAGAAGACGCUGAGCAGAAGUGUGGAGGAUAAGAGCGGAGUGACAGAAAGACUUUGA